UGAUCCUUACCUCCUUGCUCUUUUUGUAGCGCGAGAUGUCGUCAGAGGAGCCUCCAGAAGUCAACGGGGGACAGAAGGCGGACGGGUCUCCUCGUAAAUCUCCCAAAAAGAUGACCGUCUAUCCUUCCACCAGUGAAGAUAUACCUCUUAAAGAGAUAAGGACGGAGCCGUCCAAGACUGUACGUGUCUCUGAAUCUUACGAAGAUGCUAUUGAGAAGCCAUCAGUAACCAUCAAGAAGAAGAAGAGUGCUUGGAAGUUUUGGGAGAAAGACGAAGAAGAUGAAGUGGAUCCAAACAAACCGAAACCUGUCCCAGUUUAUAAGUUGUUUCGUUUUGCCACUAAGUUUGACUUGGUACUCAUUUUUGUGAGCUUCUUCUUUGCUAUACUUCAUGGGACUGCCCUUCCAGGUGCUAUGUAUGUCUUUGGAGAUUUCAUCAACUUCUUUGCCUAUCAUGACGCCUCUAGGACCGUGUUUGAGAACAUUCGUGUUGCCUAUUAUGGGACAUACAAUGGCUAUUCAUUUGAUCAGAAUCUUAAUCUUAGUCUCUCUGAAGCUAUAGAGAAUAUGACAGUUACCCCAGGUUUAGUUAUGAACCAGGCAUUGCUGAUGGAGUUCAAUAAUGCAAGUGGAUUUGGAGCUGGUCUGUCAGAUUCGAUACUCACUGGUCUCAGUUGUGUUAUAGUUUCUUAUGCUAAUGACAGUAUUGAUGACCUUGAUUCUCCAUUUGAAGUCCUCCAGAGGCUAGCAACUGAUAAUGAUUACAUGCUUCAAGUGACAAGCAAUGCUUGUUCACAUUGUCUUAGAGCCCAGUUUGAAGAUUUCAAUGACGAAGCACGCUGUCUCUCUAAUGAUGUUUUUUUCAAUGGAGAUGGAAGUGUUGGAGAUGGCGUAUUCUGGCAGUUAUAUUUAUAUGGUAUGAUAACAGUUGCUACCUUUAUACUGGCCUUUCUUCAAAUCUCUACAAUGCAACUGGCCUGUGAGAGACAAGUGUAUAAGAUUAGGUUAGCUUACUAUCGUGCUGUUCUUCACCAGGACAUUGGAUGGUUUGAUCUUAAUGCCAGUGGGGAAUUAACUUCAAGACUUAAUGAGUGAGUACAAUGUAGAACUGCCAGUAGUAGA